UUACAUAAGUAUGUUCAUUUUAUAGCUUGAGAAUUUUAGUAGAAUUUUAAAUCCUGAUACCCACUCAUGCAGAUCCAAUUUAAUUUUUUUUCAGAAAUUCAUAAUUGCACAACUAUGCCUAAAAAAGCUAAGAUUUCAGAACAAAUGAAAGCUCUUCAAGAGUUUGAGGACUCCAGCAAUUCUGAAACUGAUGAAGAUGCUAUUGGACAAAUAGUGAAUGUCAACUUUGAAGGCUUCACUCCGCAAGAAGAUGACUUCCAUGGUAUCCAGCGCUUACUGGCACAGACCUUCAGAGGUUUGGAUGUUAAUCUAUCAGAUGUAACAAAUAUGAUCAUCCAGCAAAAUUAUGUUGGAUGUGUUCUGAAGGAAGUCAUUGAUGAUGAAAAAGAAGCAAUGGAAGUGGAUGAUGAUGCCCUUGAAGGAGAGCCUGACACUGAAAGUGAUUAUAUAUUUGGAAUUAACACAAUCCUCAACAUCUCACACAAAAAAAAACUUGAAAUGGACUGCAUCAAAAGCCUGCGUAAAGAACUCUUGAAGCGAUGUUCAGCGAGCAAGUGCAGUGAUGAGGUUAAAGAAAACUUCCAAUCAAUCCUGGAAGACGCGUCAAAUAGUAUUGGCUUCCUUAUCAAUGAACGACUUGUCAAUCUGCCUUCAGAUGUUGCUAUUCCAGCUUUCCAUACCUUAAAAUCAGAAAUGGACGAAUCAAAUUCAAUUGGUAUGCCAUUCAAAUUCUCGCAUUUGAUUUUGAUUGCCAAAACUUACAAGUUUCAUACCUUGAAAUCCAAGAAGAAGAUGCGCAAGAUGAAGGAAAAGCAAGGCGAGACCUCACAGAUCCUAGAUGAUGUUGAUCCGAGCAAGAAGGAAAUUUAUUCCAAUUCUGAAGAGGAAUGUUUUUCUGAGGUUGCUUCGUUGAGUUUCGAAUACUGUGUGACAGAUUGCAAUUCUCUUCCCGCGGAGUCCUGGAAUGAGAAAGAAGUCGAUGAUAAGAGGCAACAGUUCAGGAAGGUACUUGUGGUGCCCAUGACCAGAUUCUCAGAAGCUCUUCUCAAAGCAGAGAAGGCGAUCGAAGAAUAAAUUGUGUAGUACCAAAUCUAUCUGAUAAUUAUAAUUAAAGAGUAA